AUGCGGCCGCUGACGGAGGACGAGACGCGGCAAGUGUUCGAGAAACUCCACAAGUACCUCGGGAAGGCCAUCAAGAGCCUGGUGGACAGGACAGACGACCCAUUUUGCUUCAGAUUGCAGCGCAAUCGGGUGUUCUACGUCCGGGAGGAUGUCAUGCGAAGAGCCACAAACGUUGCCAGGGACAAGCUCGUGGCCCUCGGGACCUGCAUCGGCAGGUUCACCCACAGCGGCAAGUUUCACCUCACCAUCGGAGCGCUCGACAUCCUCGCCCAGUAUGCCAAGUACAAGGUGUGGGUGAAGCCCUCGGCGGAGAUGCAGUUCCUGUACGGAAACCACGUCCUCAAGGCUGGCCUGGGCCGCAUCACAGAAAACACCCCCGGCUACACAGGGGUGGUCGUGCUCUCCAUGUCCGACGUGCCCCUCGGCUUUGGGGUGACGGCAAAGAGCACCGCCGAGUGCCGGACGGCGGACCCCAACGGCAUUGUGGUCUUCCACCAGGCGGAUGUGGGCGAGUACCUCAGGGCAGAAGACGACCUCUGA